AUGCCGGCCGGGCUGGGCGCGCCCUGUUUGGCGCGCCGCCAAGGUGACGUCUGCUCCGAGGAUCACGUGACCCGGCCCCAUUCAGAAAACGGCGGCCGCGCCCGACCCCGCCGCCGGCCGAGGGCUCUGCCCGCCCCGCUCCGCGCCGCGCUCACCCCGCGCCUCUCUCCCCUCUGCCCCGCAGGAGGUUACGAAGCGUUCUCGGCCGCCUGCUCCGAGCUGUGCACCAAACCCGCCGCCCCUACCGGUCUCAGCCUGCCCCUGAGCGCCAGCAGCGCGCCCGGCAGCGCCGACUCGGGGUGCAGCUCCUGCGGAACCCCCCUGUACGACCAGGGCGGGCCGGUGGAGAUCUUGCCGUUCCUGUACCUGGGCAGCGCGUACCACGCCUCCCGCAAGGACAUGCUGGACGCGCUGGGCAUCACGGCGCUGAUCAACGUGUCGGCCAACUGCCCCAACCACUUCGAGGGGCACUACCAGUACAAAAGCAUCCCGGUGGAGGACAACCACAAAGCGGAUAUCAGUUCCUGGUUUAACGAGGCGAUUGAUUUCAUAGAUUCUGUUAAAAAUGAUGGAGGAAGGGUAUUUGUGCACUGCCAGGCUGGCAUUUCCCGGUCAGCGACCAUCUGCCUCGCUUAUCUCAUGAGGACCAACAGAGUCAAGCUGGAUGAAGCCUUUGAGUUUGUGAAGCAGAGAAGGAGCAUCAUCUCCCCAAACUUCAGUUUCAUGGGGCAGCUGCUGCAGUUCGAGUCACAGGUCCUUGCCCCCAACUGCUCAGCAGAAGCUGGGAGUCCUGCUAUGUCAGUAUUGGACAGAGGAGCAUCGACCACCACAGUCUUUAACUUCCCAGUCUCCAUCCCUGUUCACACCUCAUCCAGUGCUCUAAGCUACCUUCAGAGCCCCAUCACCACCUCCCCGAGCUGCUGAAAGUUAGGCAGAAGCAUGGCUAGAACUCAGAAUUCUUGUCUCAGAAGUGCAAUAACUAUGGGGACAGUAUCAUCAGCCACUUGUCCUGUGGGAACCAUCCACGUGUCCUAGAACGCUGUUGUACACAGAGGAGCUCACCAAUAUUCUGCUUGUUGCUGACUCCUGAAGCCAGUAUUGGGGGAUGCCUACAGAGAGAUCAGAGGAUGCUGCGUUUUCCUGAGCUCUUCCCCUUGUCUUCUGUUUGUCCUAAGCCUGCUGCAUGUUCAGUAGUGUGCUCACCAGUAUUCCCAUUCCUGGACACUUUAAGCAACACUGAUGUUGUCCCCUUUCAUGACAGUCCUAUUUAUUUAUUUUUGUUAGUGCAUUGUUUUGCCUUCAUGAACCUGAAGUUGCAUUUCUAGAGAAACCAAAUACCUCAGUAUUUUUUUGGUACUGUAAUCCUGUGUGUAUAUAUCUGUCAGCUCUUCUUGUUUCCAAGCACUGACAUGAAAGCACCGGGCGAGUGCUUCUUGAGUUGCCAAGGGUUGUAUGUUUGAUUUAUUUAUGAUGUGAAAUAAUAUAUUUCUUCUUAGGAAGACAUAGUUUUGUUACAUGAUUAUAACUUUUUAUACAAACAGAAUAAAUUAUGAUAUUUCUAGUGAAAGCUGGAUAUACUUUA